UCGGAAAAUGGAAUGAACCAUUUGUUGAAUGAUAUUAAUUAGAUCGUUAGACUAAACAAUUCCAUGUAAUGUCAGGUUUUGGAGAAUAAAUAUUGGACUAUCUUAUUUGUCGUUAAUUCCAAAUCCAUUGGAAGCUAAUUAUUAUUGAACGUAAACAGGAACUACCUAUUUUACCCUGACCGAGAAAAUAAGCGUGUCAUGUGUAGGAAAUAAAUGGACAGAAGGAUUUUGUAAACACGAGAGAUGGCGGGAGCCAAACCAGGUGUCCAUGUAGUUCAGCUGAGACCAAUUAUCGUCCCAGAAUGUUUGAUUAAGGGCAACAAAUUUAUAAAAUGGGAGGAGAGCAGCGCAACUGGGGUCCCUGUGACAUUGAAGGUGGAUCCCAAUGGCUAUAUCCUUUUCUGGAAAGAUCAAAACAAGGAGAUGGAAUCCCUAGAUAUGUCUUUGAUUCGUGAUACUCGAACUGGAAAAUAUGCAAAAGUACCAAAGGAAGGUAAAUUAAAAGAUACUUGUAUGAUUGGUCAGUCUGAUAUUCCUGUGGAAGAUAAGACAGUGACGGUAGCAUAUGGAUCAGAGAUGACUGGUAUUUCAUUUAUCAACUUUGUAUGUUCAUCGAGAGAUACUGCAAAGCUCUGGUGUGAUGAACUGUUAUUAUAUGCCUAUAACCUGUUAGCAGCUAAUGGGAAUGUGUUAACAUUUCUGGAAAAGGCUCACACUAAAAUUACUCAUGUACUGGAUGUUAAUGGCAGGAUACCAGUUAAAAACAUUGUGAAAAUGUUUGCCACUCACAGAGAUGACAAGAAAAGAGUAGAAAAGGCUUUAGAAUCCAUUAAUAUACAGACAGGCAAGAUGGAUAGCGAAUUAAUAAAGCAUGAAACGAUCGAUCCAAAUACAUUUAGCUUUGACAUGUUCUUUCACUUUUACCGACAAUUGGUUGGACGAACUGAAGUUGAUAAAGUGUUUGAUGAAAGUGGUGCAAAGAAAAAGCCAAUUUUAACAGUGGAUCAGUUUUGGCAGUUUUUAAAUAAAGAACAACGGGAUCCCAGACUAAAUGAAAUUCUGUACCCACAUUGUACACUGUCAAUGGCUCAGGAGUACAUAUCUAAGUAUGAAACAAAAGUUGGAAUGGCUGACAAAGGUCAAGUGACACAAGAGGGUUUUCUGAAGUUUCUGAUGGGAGAAGAGAACAAUGUGGUUGCUCCAGAGCUGUUGGAUUUGAGUCAAGAAAUGACACAUCCUUUGGCUCACUACUUCAUAAACUCUAGCCAUAAUACAUACUUAACAGGGCAUCAGUUAACUGGUAAAUCUUCAGUUGAGAUGUACCGGCAGGUGUUACUGAGUGGGUGUCGUUGUAUAGAGCUGGACUGUUGGGAUGGGAGGAAUACCGACGAGGAACCAAUUAUAACACAUGGCUAUACAAUGUGCACAGAAAUUUAUUUUAAGGAAGUAAUAGAAGCCAUUGCCGAAAGUGCCUUUAAAAUAUCAGAAUAUCCAGUCGUAUUGUCAUUUGAAAAUCAUUGCUCACCAAAACAACAAGCAAGAAUGGCUACACAUUGUAGGAACAUUUUUGGAGACCUGUUGUUAACAGAACCUCUUGACUCAUAUCCAAUUGAGUUAGGAGAAGGAUUACCCCCACCUUGCAGUCUAAUGAGAAAAAUUAUUGUGAAAAACAAGAAGAAACAUUUUCAUCAUAAUAAAGCACAACGUGAACGUGUGACCAAACAGAACAGUACAACUAAAUAUGAAGGGGGAGAAGAAAAAGAACGACGACGGAACUCAAGUCUGAGUCCAGAAAAUAGUGUAGAAAGUCCAGACCAAGAUAAUAAUGAAUUUAUUGGACCUAUUGAGGAGGAGUCUGAUACAGACCAUAGUGAAUAUGAUUCUGAUGAAGAAGGAGAAAAAACUGAAGGAAAAACUGAAACAUAUCGGGUAGAAAAGGGUACAGCAGGUAGAGAAGCUGAAGCAGGAUUAGAAAUGUCAGAACUUGUUAAUUACAUACAGCCUGUUCAUUUCCACUCAUUUGAUACGUCAGAAAAGAAACAAAAGAGUUAUGAGAUAUCAUCAUUUGUGGAAACUCAAGCCACCAGUUUACUGAAAGAAAACCCUGUAGAGUUUGUCAAUUACAACAAACGUCAGUUAAGUAGAAUUUAUCCACGUGGAACAAGAGUAGACUCCAGUAACUUUUUACCUCAGAUAUUUUGGAAUGCAGGUUGUCAAAUGGUAGCCCUCAACUUCCAGACCUUAGAUUUAGCAAUGCAAUUGAACCAGGGAAUAUUUGAAUACAAUAAUAGGUCAGGAUAUGUAUUAAAACCAGAUUUUAUGAGACGAAAUGAUAGAAGGUUUGAUCCAUUUGCUGAAUCCACUGUGGAUGGUAUUGUGGCUGGAACAGUUUAUGUUAAGGUCAUAUCAGGUCAGAUGUUAUCAGACAAAAAGAUAAAUACAUAUGUAGAAGUAGAUAUGUAUGGUUUACCUACAGAUACUGUCAGGAAAAAAUAUAAAACAAAAACUGUCAUGAAUAACGGAAUUAAUCCUGUGUAUGAUGAAGACCCUUUUAUAUUUAAAAAAGUUGUCUUACCAAAUUUAGCUGUGAUACGUUUUGCCGUUUAUGAAGAGAAUGGAAAAAUGUUGGGACACCGAGUGUUAACUGUACAAGGUUUAAGACCAGGUUACCGACAUAUACCACUUAGGAAUGAGUUUAAUUUACCAUUGAAUUUGCAAACAUUAUUCGUACAUAUUUGUGUGAAAGAUUUUGUUCCUGAUGAUAUGGAAUCCUUUGCAAUGCGGAUUACCAAUCCUUUAUCAAAGACACCGCCACCAAUCACAAGGCUUAAAUCCAAAAAAACCAAUAGGACAAAAAUGUUAUCAAGAUACCUAGAUGAUGACAUUAUAGGGUCAAAUGAUGAAGAAAAAGAAGAAGUUGUAAAGUCAAAUGGAAAUGCCUCGUCACCAACCAAAGUCGUCACAAAUUCUAGCCCUGUUAAAAAAGAACCAACAGCAAAACGUAUCAGUGGUGGUGAACAUCAGCAAGUGUCAACCAAAAUCAGUAUAAACAGUGAGGGAAGUACAGGAAGAGAAGGUGUCACAAUACAUCAAAUGACCAGCAUAAACAGUGAGAAUGGAUUGCAGUUCAAAUGUAAACUCAAUGAUCCAUCCAUAAUAGAGCCUACUUCUAUAGAAAAACUCAAGACAUUAAAGCCUUACCUGAAAAUCACAGCCAAGCGAGAUAAAGAACUGGAGACAUUAAAUCGUAAAAAUGAAAAGGCCAGGCAAAACUUGAAAGAAAUACACGAGUUACAAGAGGAGCGAUUAAUGAUAUCACAGGUUAAAGCUAAGGAUACUAUGGAAAAAUCUCAUGCCAAGUCUGUAAAGAAGGCAUUACGACGUGGCACUUCUGUGGACGAAGCAGAAACUAGUAAUCGUUUACAGUAUGGUAAACUUGUUCAAGAACAUAAUUAUAAGCAUAAAGAAUUAAAACAGACACAAGGAGAAUUGUUUGUAGAUAUGUGUAAAGACCAGUUCAAAGCCGAGUUAGACAUUCAUUUGAAAUAUCAUUCACCUAUCUAUGACACAUUGAAGAUGCUUUUAGAUAUUAACCAUAAAAAUCAUGUGGAGCAGAUCAUUGAAACAUUUGAAAUGGAUUCUGAUGAACUGAAGAAAGAAAUGGAAACCAGGAGUAAAUUAGAAAUGAAAAGAUUAGCCAAGACCAUCAAGGACAAAAAUGAAUUGUCAAGAACAAAAAGAGAAGCUCAAACAAAACACAUAAAAAUGGUUGUUAAUGAAAUAGAAAAGUUGAAAGAAAUAUUAAAUUCGAAGCAAGAAGAAUUAACACCAAUCUUAGGCAGAGUUAGACAAGAAUUAGAAAGGGAAAAAGAAGAGAUGCGUAAAUGUUUACAAGAACAGUAUGAAGAGAAAUGUCGAAGAUUAACGGAACAGUUCCGUGAUGUUGGUUUUGCCAAAGAAUCAGAGAAUACACCUUUAUAAAACAUUCCGUUCACUUUUCUACAUUCCUGUCAUACUAUAUGCAUGUCAUAACCAUGACAACAAUCAUGUGACAUAGGUACCUGAUCUCAUGUUAACCUACAAAUAACUGUUUUUUAAUGUGUUGUAAAAUAGAUGGAACCAUGUGAUAAACAUUCUAACCAUGUGACCUAUUAUGUAAUUAGCAACUUUUUUUUGUAAUGGUUAUAAAAGUAUGUACUAUUACCAUGGUAACCAUUGCUUCUGUGUGAUACAACAAAAACGUGAUAAAAUGGCAUAUGUCACAAUGAAUACAAUGGUCAGUGGAUUUUUCAGUUAAAAUUGCUAUAAAGGUCACCUUUAUUAAGCGGAAACUGUCAUGUCAUUUCACCCUCUUCUUGUCACGCUGUAGUAAUACCUAUGCAUGUUGAACCUCUAUUCGAAGUUCACCUCUCUUAUAAGGUCAGUUUUCUCUGAUCCUGAGGGCGACUGUUAUAUGCAUCUUUGCCCUCUAUGAUUUAGAAGUAGAGGUAGAUUUCUUACUUGAAAAAGUGUAAUGUCUUAAAUACAGAACAUUUUGAUGAUGAAAAAAGUUAAAGAGCUUUGCAUGUUAUAAAUUUGAAGUUUAUUUGAAAAUAUUAAAAAUCUACAUAAAAAAGGCAAGAAAUGCCCUGAACUAAUGUAUGUCUUGAAAAAUUCUUGAAUACAUGAUAAUGAGAACUUGCCAAUCAUUGCAACUUUCAUUUUUCUUUAAGAAGCACUGCACUUGUAAAAAACUAACUUUCAUGAUUGUUGAUUUUCCAACUUGACCUUAAUUUUGUUUUUAUAAGAAAUUUGUAUGUAUACUAUUUUAUACACUAGUGUGUUAACUUGGCUGUGAAAUUGAGUUUUAUAUCAUGGAGCAUUACCAUUUCUAUGUUUUUCUGUGAUAUCAUAGUUUUCAAUAGAUCUGUUUCAGUGUGUGUAUUGACCUUUAUCUGACUGUUUGAAGAUGAAAACAUUAAUGACAAGUCCAUACUGAGCUUCUUGAACAGUUAUCAUGACUUUUUGAUGUAAAUAAUUUUUGUCUGUAAAAAAAAUUUCAGCAGUUCUCAUUCUAGGCAGCUGGCCCACGUAAGGUUAGGGGUUAGUAAACUUCAGUAAACAUUUACUUACUUCUUGAGAAAACUCUGAUAAACUUUAUACCUUAUGCAUUUAUCCAAUUGCCAAAUGUAUAAGGUAUGAAUUUUCAUUUUUAAAUUAAACAUUUAUGGAAAUAUUCAAGGAAAAAAAUAGUUAUUUUAGUAGCUAUAUCUGCAUUAUUAUAAGAUUUGGUAUAUUGUGAAAAUGAGGGGGUGUGUGUUACAGGGGUGCUCUUUUUUUUUCUUUUUCUUUUUCCGAGAUCCAAUUUUUUUACCCCUUAUAUCUGACAUCCCCCUUUUUUACCCCUAUAUCCCACAUCCCAAAAACAUGUCAUCCCCCUUGAAAAUAUUCAGUGACCAGAAUAGUUGUUUUAACAUUACAUUGAACAACAUAUAAUUUUUUUAAACAUUGCAUUAGGAAAAGAUUCAGGGACAAAUAUAAUGCAAUAAAUAGUUUUUGGAAAAAAUGAUACAUUACAAUAAAUAAAUUAGUUUGUAUUUAAAAUAGAUUAUUAAUAUGUUCGUUGACCAAUGUAGUUAUAUCACAUAAUUUUGUGUAUAGGAAACUUAUAUUCCAUUUCAAAUGUAACCAAAAUGUGAUGUGCAGUAUUUCAAGUUAUUGCACCAGUGCAAAAAUAGCUUGAAAAGGGUCCUGUUAAAUGUAGAAGUUUCUGUCAUUUUAAAAGUUUUGCCAUAUAGAUAAAGGUUUGUUGCAAGAAUAUUGGCAAAUAUUACCUGUAGUACGAUAUUUAUUGCACCUUGGAGUUUGUGCAAAAAGAUAUUCCACUUAGGACAAAAUUAACCAAUAUUAGUGCAAUAAUUAUAUAUUAUUAUUAGUAAAAUGAUACAUUAUAGAAAUAUUCAGUAAGAAUUAGUUUGUAUUUGUGUUAUAAUGUAAAGAUGUUUGUAUUCCAUGUUAAAAUUUAUACUUUUCUACUUCCCGUGUUUAAUGUUGAACAUUCUGUCUCUAUGCACUUUUAUGUGAAAGUCUUCAAAAUCUUUUGUUGUACUACAAAAAAUUAAUUAAAUACAAAAUAAAUUGACAGUAAGAGUGGAGUAAUGUUUAUCAAUUUGUUUCCAGAUGUUUAAAAGUGAGAGCAAAUUUAUCAAUUUUAACAAAUUGAAACAUAAUCUUACAUGCAAAAGUACUAUGUAUAUUUAGAUAUUCUAAAAAAAAAAAAUGCAACAUCUGAAAGUGCCAUCAUUGAAAUAAAUUGUUUCUUGUGUCAAUACAAUUAGGGCUUUAAUGGUCACAUUUUAAGUAAUGUAAUCAGAUAAGUAUUGAGAAUGACACUGUAGACCCUCAUUUCUCCUGAUGGACAUGUGCUCAUAGUUAUAAAAUGUUCAUGAUCCAACCCUAGUAAAACUAUAAUGAUUCUUAUCUAGUUACGUUGUUCUACAUACGGAACAUUGUACGAUUUAUUCAGAAAAUACUGGCGCCAGUUUGAUUAUACUCAUGUUUUUAUUAAAUGUUUGAUGGUGCUCCGAUCGUGUGAUAAAAAUAAGAAUAUUUCCUACCUUUUGUAUUGGUUGUUUAUAUGAUCUGAUGCAAUCUGUAUAUUGUUGUAAGUGUUUUAUUUUUUGGUUUAUUAUUAAUAUAUUGUUAUCCCGGAGUAGUUGCUUCUCAUUAUAGGAUGAAAAACUUGAUUUGAUAGAUAAUAAAUGAUGCAUGUUUGUUACCUUAAAAAAUAAUUUUAAUGUUUGGCAAUCCUACUAAUUAGCUGGAAACUUAUUAAAAUCUCAUAUUCGGUCAUAAUAUUCUCUAAUUGUGAGCGAUACAGAAAAUCUAGACAUGCUCACCUUCAUCAUUGACUUUAUAGAAACAUUUUUUUUUUCUUCAAAAAACCAUUUAAAAUGCAGAAAAUCAGUUGCGAUUAAUAAACAGGUUCCGUCAUAUGCCUGAUACACUACUCUAUAUGCCCCCUGUCAUGGUAUAUUUGCAAAAUAAUGAUAAAAUUGACAUUAAUCAACUUAGAUUUGCUGUUGUUGGGAAGAAAAUCAAUUUUUAACAGAGUAGCAAUAGAGUUGAAAUCGUCAAAAGAGAUGAUUGCAUUGCUAAAUAGUUUCCAUUUCCAUCCUAUAAAACUGUUUAUUUUUGACCUAAUGAUUAUUUGUGAUAACUUAAUACUGUAAAUUCAGAAAUUAUUGCUUUCAUUUAUUAUUGCGAUUUUUGAAAAAUUAACAAAAAUGCGAGUUUAACUAUUGCGAAUUUUGGAAAAGCUACAUACAGAUAUAUGUAUUUGAUAUCAAAAUGCGAGUUUUUAUUAUUGCGAUACUCAAGUAGUUGCAUUAUUCGCAUUAAUAAAAACCUCGCAAUAAUAUCUGAAUUUACAGUAUUUGCAGAUAAGACAUGAAAAUGGGGCUGUGAUAAAAAAAAAAUGUAAAAAUCAAGUUUUUCAUCUUCCAUUAAAAUUAAGUCAUUCACCAUGCAUUAUGUUAAAGUGCUAUUUAUGUAUAGAACAAACCAGAUGUAUUGCAAUAUUAAUAUCUAUAUAUAUAUAUAAUCCGUCAAAUCAUUGAUUAAUAUAGUAAUCCGUCACUUAUUAUAAUGUUUAAUUUUAAAAUAAUCUUUUUUAUACAUUUAUUAAAACUGCCUUAUUGUAAAAUAAUAAAACUUAAUACAUAUAGAUACUAUAUUUGAAUUAAUAAAUAAUACAUUGUUUGAACCAUUCCACUCGUUAAAAUGUUCACAUCUUUACAAACGUUUUGCACAGUUGAAUUCUUUCUACAUAUUCUUCUAGUUAAGCAUAAUUAAUUCUGUGGUAUAAAAUUUGGACUGUAUGAAGAUGGAAGUUUGAAAUAUCGCAAAUCAUGUAGGUUAAUUAUAUAUCUCUAUGAAAUUAAUGAUUUCAGGAGUGUAAAGUUCAGGUCUCAAAAUAGCAGUAAUCAGGGUGUUACAUUUUAACUGAUUUACAUGUAUGAAAUUUUAAUGAGGAAUUUUAAUGCCCCACCUAGGGGCAUUAUGUUUUUCGGUCUGUGCAUCCAUUUGUUCGUCCUUUCGUUGGUCUGUCCCGCUUCAGGUUUAAGUUUUUGGUGAAAGUUUUUGGUCAAGGUAGUUUAUGAUGAAGUUUAAUGCCAAAUUAGAGUUUUUACCCCAAAUUCAAGGUCCACUGAACAUAGAAAAUGAUAGUGCGAUAUGGGCAUCUGUGUACUAAGGACACAUUCUUGUUCACAAAUUUUUUUAAUGUGUGUCUUCAUCAAGAUUUCAGAUUUUAAAGCCUUUCUGGCAUCUAAAAUAAUGGUAAUACCAAGGAUCUUAAUGUGUAACAUUUCCAUUCAAUAGCAAUGAUAAGUUAUCUACCAUAAAGUUGAGAGAGAAAAUAAAAAAAGAUACUUUAUCACUAUUUUUUGUCUUCUAUUACCAGACAUUACAGAUGUUUCCAUAAGCCUUUAAUGUUACAAUUAAAAACAUCUGAUCCCAGUAUGCUAAAAUGAUUGUUGCAUGAGAUCAAUAGGUAGAGUAUGACAGAAUCUUUGAUCAGGUGUCACCAGUUCAUAAGAAUGAAGAAGGUCAAUAGCCGAAAUAUUUGAAAAAUACUAUUUUCACAUCAAUGUAUUGAUUGAUUCAAACUGGAAACUUUAUUAGAAAAAAUCUAGAAUUUGCUAUACAGAAUGCAUGCUUUCUUUUGUAUGGACACUGGUCUGUCUUUGAAGACCAUAAAAUAACCUGUAAAUAUUUUUUUGGUUUUAUUGUGUUUUGGAUUGCUGUCCUUUAUGUAAACCCAUUUUUCAGAAUGAACCAAUUAAUUCCACAUUAAGUUAAAUCGUCUAUCUUUUAAAAAAGAUAGACAAACUAUACAAUUCCUGUAAGCACCUUUCAUUACUGUAUGAUUGGUUACAUCAUCUAGUCUCUGAUUGGUUGACAUAUCUUGUUAUGCAUUUCAGUACAAUGUAAUAACUAUAACCUAAAGUGAGGUUGAUAUUUCCUGACUGGCUCAUAUCCUUAGUAGAUAAAUAGGUGUAUCAGUCUUACUUGAGGUUGGUAGUACAUUCCAAAUACUGGGACAAUCCCAAUAUUAUUUAGAAAAAGCUUCAGUUUAAACCCUUGUGGUGACGUUCAGUUAGAAUUAAAAUAAGUUAUAAUAAGUCAUAUAGUGAAAGUAAGAGCUUAGAUUUGGCAAAGACAAUUUAACCCAACAGUAUAUGAUAUAUAUAUAUAUAUUGUGGGAUUAAUGAAUCCUCCUCAUAAGUCAUUGAUUGUAGGAUAUUGGCUAUUUUGCAAAUGCAUUCAUUUUUUAGCAGGGACUUCGUACAAGUCCUGUAGUGCUUUUGCUCAUAGGUUUGUAGAUGUAGCUGAUAACUUAGAUAGUGCAAUAGAAAAUAAUCCAUAUUACGAUCUGUUGCCAUUCACUUAAUAACUCUUAAAAGAGAUAAGAUUUUAGAAAAUGCUUUGUUGAGUAAAAAUGUUACUGAUUUAAGAAAUAAGCACAAUAUUUAAUUACUUUUUACCAUUUUAUUGGUUAAACUAUAAUAUAAAUGGUUUAAGUAAUAAAAAAAAAUGAAAGUGCAACUAAGGGUUACCAGUAAUUUUUGAGUGGAGCAAAAAUAUUUGACUCCAGGAAUUAUUUUCUCUGUCCUCUGAUCACUCUAUUCUUUUUUCCUACCCUCCCUCUCGUUUCUCUAUCUCCUUUUCUACCCCUAAUUCCUUUGCCUGGUAAUUUUGCAUUUGUCUUGUAUUGUCACAAAAAAAGAGCUUACUCGUUUUUAAAAGAAUGAGUAAAACUAUAUUUUUGUUUUUCAUUAAUCUGAAAAUCCAUGAGGUAACUGGUAUGAAUAACCAAUCAGAAUAAGACAGAGGUGUUUGGUAUGAACAACCAAUCAGAAUGAGCCAUACUCUAAUGUCUUAUUACCAUGUUAUCUUCAUUAAAUGGUUACACCCAUUGGUUUUUGUAACCUAUAUUCGACUGAACUUACAUUUAGUGUAAAUUUUAUAAUUCUGAUAGUGCUUUUUAAUAUUAAAUGUGUAUUUGACCUACCAAUAGAUUUUCAAAACAUUUUCUGUACAGUUUAUAACUAACAAAUAUAAUAUAUUGCUACUUACCAAUUGAAGAUAUGUUGACUUCCAUAUUAUAUUGUAAGAGUAUGAAGGUCCACAUACACUGUUAUUGUCGGAGCAUAUUUUUUUUUCAGAUGACAUAACAAACUGGCAUUUCAGUAUAUUUAUUAUGUAAAAUUUUGUUACUUACUGUUGGUAUAGUCUUUUUCAUGAAUCUGUUACCCAAUAUAAUUAUAGUCUAUUUCAUGAAUCUGUUACCCAAUAUAAUUAUAGUCUAUUACAUAUACCUAUUAAAAUGUAUGAAUUAU